ACUUUUCUAUGUUUGAAAGGUUAGAAAUUCUAAAGUCAUGAACUGAACUUAAGAAAAAUCAAAAUUCACAGUUUCAAACGCUGGUCCCUCCUCUCACCUCACAAUGGAAUAUUUUUCGAAGAAAAUAUCGACUCAACAAAUAGAACUGAUCUAAACACCAGAAAUAAUGUUUUGUCCGAACGACCCAGGAUAUUACACCAAUUUCAUAGGAAAUGUGGAGUAUCACAUGGACGAGCCAUGGUAUAACGUGCGAGAUUUGCUGAGAGUUUUGAAGCGAAUAAAGAAACUUGAUUUGGCUCAUCCGGAAAACAGGUACAAGGCACUCUGUUGGCUGAAUGGUAUGGAUUGUACAGUUCCUUAUGGACCUACCUGUAGAUUUCCCUAUAAGGAUUUUUACAUAACUGAAGCGCUUGGAUGUUGGGGCCAAGCGUUGGCCCAGCUGAAAAAGAUGUUGGCAGCUAAUUGUAUGAUCAUAUUUGAGGCGGGAAGAGCUUCUCCCCCACCUUGUGAAAAAAAAUAUAACAUAUCGUGUCCAAAAAAGGCACCUGAUUGCGGAGGUAAUACAAGAUGCUGCAGUGAGGUAGAAGAUGUCUGUUCUCCCGAAUCAGAAGAUUGUUGCGAAACAGAUGAACCAGAUUGCUGCUCACCACAGUGCAAUCCACCAGAUAACAACUGUCCCAUAAGUAGCGAAGUAUGUGACAAAUGCCUCGGUCCAGAUCCGCCAUCUUGCUGCCCAGAUUGGUGUGGCGAGUGUAAGGUCAAGAAGAUCCCGCCAGCGGCCUACAAGCGCUACUUGAAAGGUUUUCAAGAUAUCAUCGAGAAAAUGAUCAAGGGGGUCGCAAAAAAGGACUGCGUAUUCAGUAGGAAAUCUUUCGAGAGUCAUUAUAAGCUCCUAUGGAAGAGGUGUAAAGUGAGGUGCGAUAUUUUGGAAGACAGCGACAGCGACAGUGAUGACUAUAUAUGCGAUGAGUGUUGCCGGAAAGAACAAGAGGAGAAGCAGUGUUACAGCUGCCAGAGUGAUGACAAUUAUUAUGAGUAUCAGUCUAAGCAGACAUUUUAUAGAAAUAGAAAAUAACUGCACUUCCGCUUGUGACAAUUCUAGAAACGAAGGGUUCAAAAAUAUGAGUAUCAUGAAAGAUCAAAAACCUGAAUUUUGCAAAUAGGACCUUUGAUGUUAGGACGGCAUUAUGUACAUUGCUAAAAAUAUUUAUGUCAUGAGAGGACUGUAGGUAUACCAGAUUACUCGACUCGAUAAUGAAGUAAAAACAAUCGCAUUAUUAGCGAGUCCUUCUUCGGGAUUGGAAUCAGCGGUGUGUCUACAUGAAUACCUUGGGGGUUAAUACUCAAUAUUUCUCAGUGGUAUACAUAGAACUGAAUACAGAAAUAAAAUAUAUGCACUGAAAAGAAGUUUUAAACCCUACGAGAUAUGUUCCCCUUGUCUACAACGAAGUAUGUGUUAUCACUGAGAAUCACACCUUAAUAUUCUAUGGUAUUGAGAAUUAAUGAGAGCUAUAUCUUUCCGUGUAACGACUCGAAGAAGUAUGAGAUCAAUUUCUUGAAACCUGUCGGAUCGAUCCGAAUCAAAUCUUCAAAUCACACAAACUUUUCAAAAUGAGAUAUAUAUCUAUUGUGAAUUUCUAAUCGAUACUUUCGGAGGAAAAAUAUAUUCCUAAUAAAACUCUGUUUUUGAAAGAAGAGUCUUGAGUUAUAUUAUUUACACCUUUCUCUGACUAUGUUUACUCUGAUCCUCUCAAUUGGAAUGUUCAAAUCCACCCAGGGUUACCUACCACCACAGAACACAAAUAAUAUAAUUACGAUUAAACAUAAGUACAGAAGCUGUUGAUUGAAAAUUAUUUGAGCAAAGUGGUCAAAACAAUUGCCUCAAGAACACGAGUAGUUUGUGGAGUUUAAAACCGCUGGUUUGCAGUUCUCAAACCGUUGAAUGCUUAAUUCAUUUGAAACAAAAAUACUUUCUGCAUGUUACCUUUCUAGUUCACCGCUGAGAGAAGAGUUUAUUUACAUUAAAUGAAGCUUAUGAACAAUAAA